AUGAUGGACAAGGACUCCCUCAUCUCGUCGCUCGCCACUCGGGAGGCCGUGGAUCAAGGACGCCGCGACCUGCCGCCCCCGCCGCAGCCGGAUCCGAGUCUUGGAGGCCGUGGAAGCGGGGGGGCUGUGGGAGCUGGGGGGCCCGUGGAUUCUGGGGGGGGAUGGAGACCGCAGAUGUUCGCAACGAUGUUCGCCACCCGCGAGGAUGUGGACGCCGCUCUUCGCGCCGAGCGCCCGCCCGACAAGAUGCCAGACCUUCCUCACCGCCUCGCCAGCGACCUCCGCGUGCCGAAAACGUUCAAGGAGACCAUGCGGUCUCAGCAUUCAGAGUUGUGGGAUGAUGCAAUCGAUCAAGAGUUUUUCGGUUUAUUGGAUGCAGGAACUUUUAGUCCGGUGUAGCAACCAGUAGAGAACGCCAUCAAUGCUAUGUGGGUUUUUAACUGUAAGGCAGACGAGCGCGGAUGGCCGACGAA